UGCUCGUCCUGACGGCAGCGUAAGCGGCCCCGUGACCACCUGUGACCGCUGGCCCGAGCGCCGGUUCUGAGAGGGGAGCCAGCCCGGGCGGUGGAGGGCGGUGGCGGUGGCUGGGCCAGCGCGGCCGCAGCGGUAGCAGCAGCGGCAUCGCCAUCACCAUGUGGCUGAGCCCCGAAGAGGUGCUGCUGGCUAACGCGCUGUGGAUCACCGAGCGGGCCAACCCUUUCUUCCUCCAGCAGCGGCGGCGGGGCCACGGCAAAGGGGGCGGCCUGACGGGACUACUCGUGGGAACUUUGGAUGUAGUUUUGGACUCCAGUGCUAGAGUUGCUCCUUAUAGGAUCUUGCAUCAAACACAGGAUUCUCAGAUAUAUUGGGCAGUGGCUUGUGGCUCAAACCGUCAGGAAAUUACAAGCCAUUGGGAAUGGCUAGAGAAUAAUUUGCUCCAGACUCUUGCAAUCUUUGACAGUGAAGAAGAUAUCACUACCUUUGUCAAGGGUAAAAUACAUGGAAUUAUUGCUGAAGAGAAUAAGAAUCGACAGCCACAGGGAGAAGAAGAUCCUGGCAAAUUUAAGGAAGCAGAACUAAAGAUGCGCAAGCAGUUUGGAAUGCCUGAAGUAGAGAAACUUGUCAAUUACUACUCUUGCAGUUAUUGGAAAGGGCGUGUCCCAAGACAGGGCUGGCUGUAUCUCACUGUUAAUCACCUUUGCUUCUAUUCCUUCCUUUUGGGGAAAGAAGUGACCCUUAUAGUGCAAUGGGUAGAUAUAACACAGCUAGAGAAGAAUGCUACCCUUCUGUUUCCUGAGUGUAUCAAAGUGAGUACCAGAGACAGUGAACUCUACUUUUCUAUGUUCCUCAACAUCAAUGAGACCUUCAAAUUAAUGGAACAAUUGGCUAACAUUGCCAUGCGUCAACUAUUUGAUAAUAAAAGUUUCACGGAGGACAUGCUGCUUCCCAAACCCAGUAAGCCACUCAAGAAUAUCUCAGCACUCAAGAGGGAUCUGGAUGCCAGAGCCAAAAAUGAAUGGUACCGUGCUACUUUUCGAUUGCCCAAGGAUGAACGACUUGAUGGGCACACAGACUGCACUUUGUGGACCCCAUUCAAUAAAAUCCACAUUCUCGGCCAGAUGUUUGUGUCCAAUAACUAUAUCUGUUUUGCUAGCAAGGCAGAAGAGGCAUGUCAUCUCAUAAUACCACUUAGGGAGGUUACAAUUGUUGAGAAAGCUGACAGCUCCAGCAUUUUGCCUAGCCCACUUUCCAUCAGCACUCGAAGCAAAAUGACCUUCCUCUUCGCCAACCUGAAGGACCGAGACUUCCUAGUACAGAGAAUUUCUGACUUCCUACAGAGGACUCCUUCAAAGCAAACAUGCUGUGACAUAGGGCAAAAGAAGAGUAUUGGUGACCAUGCCUCUGAGGAAAUGUCUUCUAACAGUCCUCCUGCAGACAGUCCUGCUUCUCCUCUCAACAAUCAGCCUGUGAACAUUUGCACAGAUGAGGUACCCACAGCAUCUCAAGGACUGUUGAAAUUGUUUGGGACGAAUUCAGAAGAAUCCUCUGGAAUAAAAUGGGCAAAGGAGACAAUGAAAGAAGAAUCUUGGAACAUUCAUUUUUUUGAAUAUGGGAGGGGCAUGUGUAUGUACCGGACAGCCAAGACUCGUGAACUGGUGCAGAAAGGAAUUCCAGAGAGUCUUCGUGGAGAACUGUGGCUUCUGUUUUCAGGGGCCUGGAAUGAGAUGGCCACUCACCCUGGGUAUUACAGUGAUUUGGUGAAACAAUCUUUGGGAAAGUAUAGCCUUGCCACUGAAGAAAUUGAAAGAGACCUGCAUCGUUCAAUGCCGGAGCAUCCUGCCUUUCAGAAUGAACUAGGAAUUGCUGCUCUUAGAAGGGUACUAACAGCAUAUGCUUUUCGGAAUCCUACAAUUGGAUACUGCCAGGCCAUGAACAUAGUGACAUCAGUAUUGCUUCUGUAUUGUAAUGAAGAAGAAGCUUUCUGGCUCCUCGUAGCCCUGUGUGAGAGAAUGCUGCCAGAUUACUAUAACACUAGAGUGGUUGGUGCACUAGUAGACCAAGGCAUCUUUGAAGAAUUAACAAGAGAUUGCCUUCCCCAGCUGUCUGAGAAGAUGCAAGAUUUAGGAGUCAUUUCCAGCAUAUCACUAUCUUGGUUCCUCACACUUUUCCUUAGCGUCAUGCCUUUUGAAAGCGCAGUGGUCAUUGUUGACUGUUUCUUCUAUGAAGGCAUAAAGGUCAUCUUGCAGGUAUCCCUGGCCAUCCUGGAUGCCAACAUGGACAAGCUGUUAAAUUGCUGUGACGAAGGUGAAGCCAUGACUGUCUUGGGCAGGUACCUGGAUAAUGUGGUUAAUCGGCAGAGUAUUUUCCCACCUAUUCCUCACCUCCAUGCUUUAUUGACGAGUGGGGAUGAUCCACCAGUGGAAAUUGAUAUUUUUGAACUUAUAAGAACAGCCUAUGAGAAAUUCAGCCACUUGAAAGCGGAUGACAUUGAACAGAUGCGUUUUAAACAAAGAUUGAAGGUAAUCCAUUCUUUAGAAGACACUGCUAAGAGAAGUGUGGUCCGAGCUGUAUCUGGAGACAUUGGCUUUUCUAUGCAAGAAUUAGAAGAUCUUUAUGUAGUAUUUAAGGCAAAGCACUUAAUGACCUGUUACUGGGGAAAUCGUACUUCAGCUGCUCAACGAGACCAGAGCCUACCCUACUUGGAGCAGUACCGCAUCAACCUUGAGCAGUUCAAAGACCUGUUUGCUUCCCUUACACCUUGGUCUUGUGGACUCCACACGCCGGUGCUUGCAGAAAGAAUGUUCCGACUUCUGGAUGAAAACAAAGAUUCCCUUAUUAACUUUAAAGAGUUUGCAACAGGCAUGAGUGGAAUGUAUCAUGGUGAUCUGACUGAGAAGCUGAAACUCCUUUACAAACUACAUUUGCCUCCAGCUUUCAAUUCAGAGGAAGCAGAGUCUGCUCAGGAAGCUACAAACUACUUCACAGAUAAUAAUGCUACAGAAGUAUCUCCUUUUGUCUCAGAACUGGAUCUCUUCCUACGUUGUGAUUUGCAAGAAACAGAUAUUCAGGAAGAUAAAUCAGGAAGAGAUGGAGAAUCCAAAGAUCAAGAGAGGGGCACAAGUCCUCAUGAUUACAGAUACCACUUGCGAAUGUGGGCCAAGGAGAAAGAUGCCAGAAAAGAAACAAUCAAAGAUCUCCCUAAGAUGAGUCAGGAACAGUUUAUAGAAUUGUGCAAGACUCUAUAUAACAUGUUCAGCGAAGAUUCUUUGGAGCAAGAACUGUACCAUGCCAUUGCCACUGUUGCUAGCCUUCUCCUACAAAUUGGAGAGGUUGGCAAAAAGUUCUCUAAUCAGCCUGUUAAAAAUGACCCUGUAAGUAAAGAGUCUCCGGCUUCUGAUCAAAGUCAGAGUUCAAUCCUAGAGCAAUAUUCUCAGGCUACUCCAGAAGGCAAAGCUUCUGGGGACAUUCAAAAUGAGAAAAACCAACAGGAAAAUCAGAUUUUUGUAGAUGGAGGAGGUGAAGGUCCAGGAUCACCCAUACAGUUGUUUUCAGAUGAUGAAACUAAAGAUGAUAUGUCCAUGUCUUCAUAUUCUAUGGUUAGCACAGGCUCCUUACAGUGUGAAGAUAUUGCAGAUGAUACAGUUCUAGUUGGUUGUGAGGCAGGCAGCUCAGCUGCACGAAGUGGCAGCACCAUUGAUGCAGACUGGUCCAUCUCCUUUGAACAGAUUUUAGCCUCUAUCCUUACCGAAUCAGUCUUAGUAAACUACUUUGAGAAGAAAACUGAUGUUACACAGAAAAUCAAGGAGCAAAGGAAAAUUGAAAGACAAUUCAGUUCAUCCAGUGAUUAUGAACUCUCCUCAGUAUCAGGCUGAACUUGAGGAAUAAGGCAAAGGUUGGGCAAGAGGCAGGAGGUCUAGGAACCUAAUGGAUGGACAGGUUCCAGGUUUUUUUAACCAACAUCAGUAACUAUGCAUUAACUAAAGAAACCGAAUAAGGAGUUUAUCAUAGUGAUUCUUUGAUAGAUGAGCUUCCCUGGAGGAUAACUUGCUUGCCGAAAUAACAUUAAAUUCUUAAAAGCAUGAAAGGAUAGAACUGAAUAGCCUCUCGGCUUAAAAUUACUACAGUAAAUUAUGCAUGUGUGCCUCUGCUUGUCUUUCUUCAAUGCAGCUUAAUUUCAGGCACACCUCUGCUAUAUAUCCCUUUGCUUUGGGUUUCUUGGUAAUUAUUUAGAAGUGCAGCCCUGCUUUCUAUCUUUUCCCGGCUUUCCUGUGUCUGAACACAGACAUUUAAAACGCUGUAGAUAUUUCCACCUUGCCUAAAUCAACCUUGCUAGGCAUUGAUAAAUGCAGUGGAGUAACCUGUUAAAUGUAAAUAUGUUGUAUUCUCUUAUUCUUGGACUCUUGCAAUUCAAAAUGCCCCAGUGUCUUGGGACAGCUGGUUUCUAUCCCAAGUGAUUCAUUAAUAUUAAUCAGUACAGUACAUAACUUUCAGAAUUCCAAAGACAGAUUUUUUCUAAUAUCUUUUAGCCCUUUUUUAACUCUUCAGUGCCAUGUUCAUUUUUAAUUUUCCUGAAAGAAAGGAGUAUAAUAGCCAUUGAGAAUAGAGCUGAGGAUCACAAGAUACAGAAAACUUAACUGUCUGACUUUAGACCAUUUUAUUGUUUCUUCAUAAUUUGUGAUAGUAUGUAGCCUGAGCUCAUAACUUACAGUCUGUUACUUUUGAUUGCUGGAAUAAUUAGAAAGCCUGUGUAAGUCAUGAUUUUGUCUGUGAUCUGAAGUAGGUCUAAAUAAUUUUUUGUUGUUUGUAAAUACAUCCAUAGGAAAUGCAAAUGUAAAUGCAUAACUUACUUGCUAUGUGGUGAUCCAAAUGUUGUACAUCAUUUGAAUUGCAGUACAAUGGAAAGAUUGCAAUUGUAUAUGUAAUGUAUAUUAAUAGGUGAAGUUUAGAUCACCUUGUGUUCUGAUGAUGUAGUAUAAAUAUUCAGGACCCAUCCUCUACAAAAUCAUUUGUGGAUUGGAAGAAAAUUGGAGUUCCAUUUUGGAUUGAUAGCUUCCCUAUGGGAAGGCAUUCACUCUCAAGAAGCAUUAUUUGUUUAUAUUUGUAUACAUGCUCUGUACACUAGUUGCAUGAAUUAAAUUUAAAUUGUAUAAAUGCCAUGCAUGGUAAUUGCUGAACCAGCCAUUAGUGUUGUCACAUUGGCUGUUCAGAAGGAGAAAAGUCUAAAGAUCUUGAACAUAUGUAUCUAUGGAAUACACCAGUAGGUGCAAUACUCAGUGUUAUUCUGAUUGUGGCAUAUUCUGUAUAUUUAAGUCUCAAAUUUCAUAUUCAUGUAUCUGAAAGCAGAUAAUGAUGUUAGCUUUUACUAAUUCUUCAUAAUUUAUUACCUUUUAAUUAUAUAUAUAUUUACACACACGAAACAUACAUGUAAUUUUACAUUGUUUGUCUGAUCAAUCAUGUAUAUAGUCAAUAAAUGAAUCAAAUAAGUCA